AUGGGGGAGAAGCAGUCAAAGGGGUACUGGCAGGAGGACGAGGACGCACCGACCUGCAAUGGCUGCGGCUGCGUCUUUUCCACCACCCUUCGCCGCCACCACUGCCGCAACUGCGGCUACGUACUAUGUGGCGGCUGCUCGCGGCAUCGCGCUGCCAUUCCGAUGCGGGGCAUAACGGAACCAGAGCGCGUCUGUGACGCGUGCUACCUCGCUCUACGCAACAGCAGCGUGAUAGGGAGCAGCCUCAGCAGGGGCAAUCCAGAGCCCAUUGUCAAUCCAAGUGAGACACCCAACCGGCCAGCUGCGUGGACGGCAGGCGGAACCACCUGCGGUCCGUCGGCUGACCUGAGAGCAUCAGAUGCAGCUAGUCUCGCAGCUGCAGCGCAGCCGUCGAGCGCCGCGCCAGAGCUGAGCGAGGAGCAGCGAGAGGCAGAAGCAUUCUACCAUAACCCGUAUGGUGGAGCCGCCGGUGGCCAGGGCAACAGCGACACCACAGGAGCUGCCGACGCUCGCCAGGAGACGAUCAGCCCAGAGGCGUUGGAGAAGAAGCGACUAAUCCAGCGCUGGAACACGGUGCGGCAGGCCACCGUCUACGUCGACAUUCUCGUGCAGCAGUCGGAGCGCGUAGAGCCGGAUACGGCGGUGGAGUACAGCCGUGAGACGGAGGCCCUCAUCUUGGAGCCAGAACUGCCCAUCAACCAGCUCGGCACUAGGAUGUUGCCGCUGCCGCGGCCUACCACGGAUAGCGCUCGCUACCUCGUAGAGUCGGUGACAACGAUUGGAGUGGCCGGCACCAUGCUGGAAAGGGCGGCGGCAGACCUGACGCGGCGACUUGUGACACGGAUACCUGCACGUGCAGAUUCACGUGGGUCGCCCGAUAGAUUUGUCGGCUAUUAG